CAGAAACCGGAAGCUGCUAGUAGAGCUAGCUUGUUGUUGUUGUGGUGUGUGAGGAGAAGAUUUGAGGCUCUGCAGUAAAAAUGUCUUCACUUCAGUCUCUGGGAGAGUUGAUCAGCUAAAGCGACUAACUGCUGCUGCUGCAGAAAUCUUCUCACCAGGCUGUGGAAACUUUCUUCUCCUCCUCAACAACUUGGUGGAGUUCUUUCCAGAAGCAGAGAAGCUAUUCUGCGGUCUUCGUGACAAUCGGAGCUCCAGAAGCAGGUGAUGGAUUGAAGAGGUUCCCUCUAUCAGACUCGCUCAUCUGAGUUGGUCAUGAUGCAGGAUCGCUGCUCGCUCUCUCAUCCAUCCUGCUCACACUCUCCGACGGAAAAGGCCCGAAUCUGAAUGUGACUCUGGAGGGAAAAGCGGUUAGCUCUACUCCGUGAACUCUGGUGAGCAAAGGUCCUCUUUUCCAGACUGGAUGUGUCCUCAGCUGAUCAGAACCAAAGCGUUGGAUCUUUAAUCUCCUGCGUUGUUCUGAAGCAGCAUCUUAAUCAGCUCUCCUGCUUUGUUUCUAUUGCAGCUGUUAGCUAAACACGGCUAAAGAAAACCUGCUACCACUUCAGGAUCAUCCAUCAGCAUGGACACAGAAAUUCAACAGAUGGUGCUGGUUAAAGAAGAAGCUCCUGAAGAACAGAGUGCUGGUGAGGACCAGCAGGACCCAGAACACCUCCACAUAAAAGAGGAACAGGAGGAACUCUGGACCAGUCUGGAGGGAGAGCAGCUCCAUUUGAAGGAGGAGACUGAUGCUGCCAGGUUUCCAUUCACUGUAGUUUCUAUAAAGAGUGAGGAUGAUGAAGAGAAGCCUCUGAUCUCACAGCUUCAUCAGCAGCAACUAGAAGGCCGAGAUGUUCAAACCAGCAGAUCAGCUGACCAGAUGACAGCAGAAACUAGCAGGAACCCAGGUCUGAACGUUGAUGAACAAACAUCUGAUUCUUCAGAUACUGAAGUUAGUGGAGAUGAUGAAGAGGAUGAUGAUGUGAAUCUAGACUCUGAGCUGUCAGACUGUGGGUCUAAAACUGGAGAUGAAGACAAUGACUGGAAUGAAAGCAGGUCUUCUCAGUCGGAUCGUAAGACUGUCAAAGCAUCCUUUAGCUGCCCUGAGUGUGGUAAACAGUUUAUCAACAAGUGGUCCCUCCAGAAACACGUGAGGGUGACCGGUCAUUCAGUAAUAAGGUCUUCAGGCUGUUUGGUUAAAAAGAAAUGUGUUAGAGUGAAGCAACAUGCAGACUCUUGCAGGAAUGUCCAGAAAGGACAAAAGUCGUUUAGUUGUGAUGACUGUGGAAAAAUAUUUAGCCGAAAGUCAAAUUUAAACAGUCACAUGAGAGCCCACACAGGACAGAAGCCUUUUGUUUGUGAGGUCUGUGGACAAAGAUUUAGCCGAAAGACAACUUUAAACGCUCACGAUAGAGUCCACACAGGACAUAAGCCUUUUGUUUGUGAGGUCUGUGGAAAAAGAUUUAGUCGAAAGUCAACUUUAAACAGACACAUAAGAGUCCACACAGGACAGAAGCUUUUUGCUUGUGAAUUCUGUGGAAAAAGAUUUAGCCGAAAGACCGAUUUAAACAGUCACAUGGGAGUCCACACAGGGCAGAAGCCUUUUGCUUGUGAUUUUUGUGGAAAAAGAUUUAGCCGAAAGACAGACUUAACAGCUCAUGUGAGAGUCCACACAGGACAGAAGCCUUUUGCUUGUGAGCUCUGUAAUCAAAGAUUUGCCCAAAAGUCAACUUUAAACAGACACACAAGAACCCACACAGGAAAGAAGCCUUUUGCUUGUGAGCUAUGUGGACAACAAUUUAGCAGAAAGGCAACUUUAAAUGCUCACGUAAAAGUCCACACCGGACAGAAACCUUUUGCCUGUGAGCUCUGUAAUCAAACAUUCAAAUCAAAGACAACCUUAAACAUUCACAUGAGAGUCCACUAGGGAUGAACGAUCUAUUGUUUUCUGAUCAAAAUUGUGAUUUCAAACAACAUGAUCACAUGAUUAUUAAGAAUGCGUUUUUGUCGUGCUCCUGACUGACCCAGGAUCUGUUGUGGUUAUAUUUUAGACAUCCAGGUUUUAAAAGUGUUAUGGCAAAAUUAGCAAGCAGCAACUUCUCUAACCUUGGAAUCCAGACCAUCAGUUACUGAAACAAAAGGAACCUCCGCAGCUCCGGCAAGUCUGACGGCUAGCCAAUCACAGCACUUUGUCAAUGUGAUGGGCUAGUCACAGCCAGUGUUGGGCAUCUUACGUUUAAAAAGUAAUUAGUUAUAGUUACGUAUUACUUUUUCCAGAAAGUAAUUGAGUUAGUAUCUCAGUUACCACAUUGUAAAAGUAAUUAGCUACCUAGUAAAGUAACGUGACGUUACUUUUAUGUUCUGUAACACAGUUACGUUGUACAAUAUCUAUGAAGAGAGAGUUUUUUAACUGAAUAAUUCUCACAGUCUAGAAAGAACAUUUCAGAUAUCUAAAAAAUUCCCUCCGUCAAGAAUGUUCUAAUGGAUAUCUGGCAUGAUCAUUUCUAUUUGAAGUAUAAAUAUCUGGAAUACAUAUCCAGUUGGCCUAAUAAAUUUUAAAAAGGCCACUUUAGGCCUUUGGUGAUUCUGAGAUACCGUAAAUCCUCUAAUAUUGGCCUGUGCUCCAUUACCGGCCAGGUCUCCUACAUUAGCUGGUCUCUAUGUCAGCGGGGGUAAAUGAAGGCUGGUCUCUAAUAGUGUCCGGCUUUACAGCACAAACCCAGCUGCAGUUUAAUAACUUUAAAGUACUCUUAAAAUAUUUUUAAAAAAUAGCGUACUUACUCACAGUUAAUGAAUUAGUCUCACAAACUAUCGCGCAACUUUCCAAGAAGCGCUCAGCGGUGCAUGCUGUGUGACCACUUGACUUCUCAAAACUGUGGGUGCGACUCCGGUGCACCAGGCUUUAUUUACUACGUUGACUGUGUGUAAAAUGCCCAAAUUCCAUGCGAUUGGGACAAAAACAAGCAAUUUUUUUUUGUGUUCCGAAAGAAGUGCGCCACAAAGGACUUACUUAAACUUAACAAAGACGUAAUAGUGGAUCAUAAUCUCCGGCUGCAAGAUGAGACAGAAACAGAAAAUGCUACAGUUAGCAGUGAUGACUUCACCACAGGUAAGGGUUUACUAAAUGUUUUUUAUGGCGUUUUAUUGAACAGCUUAGAAACGCAGCUACAAAAACAGCAGGUAAACACGCCAGGGCUCGGCAGCCUCGCCUCAGUCAGUGCGCCCCAGGGCAGCUGUGGCUACACAGUAGCUCAUCACCAUCAGUGUGUGAAUGUGUGUGUGUGAAUUGAUGAAUGAUACACUGUAGUGUAAAGCGCUUUGGCGUCCUUACUCUGAGAGGUGCUAUACAAGUGCGGGUCAUUACAUUUUAUUUUUUUACUUCAAACCAAACGAGACACGAACGGUUAAACUUUGGAGCGGUAAGGUGUCUGAUGCUUUUUGUUGUGAAUCUAUGACCUAAUUGUUUAUAAUGCACUAUCGGCAUGUUUGCUACGUUUGUUACCAUACUGGGAUUUAGCCUGAAACAACGGUAUUUGUUGUAAAUGUUCUAUAUGCUUACGUACGUACGUUACCUGUACAUUUUCAAUAAACGAACCUAGUGUUUUAUAGGUUCAAAUAGAGACAAAAUCU